AUGUUUCUUCGUACGCCAACGAAUCGACUUCCGGCACCCGUCAGCAGUAAUGCGAAUCAGAUCCCACAAAAUCCUAUUCCAGUGGUAUCUAACCAGAAUUUAUUAAAUUUUAAUCCGACUCAAGCCCCCAGUUCAAGUCUCCAUCCACAAUUAUCAGACGAUUUACUGGGACUAGACAAUUCACGAAACGACCUACACAACGGUACCGGUUACACCAAUAAUGAUCCCGCUCAAGCAGUUCAUAAUAACAUGAGUGGAGUACAAGACCUAGUAAACCCCGCAGAUACAAGCGGUAAUGAUACAAGUCGAGUACACGAUUCGUUAGACUCGAUAGAUUCAAAUAAUAAUAAUAAUACAAGUAGAGCACAAAACCCUGAAAAUACAAAUACUGUUACGCAAACCGUUGAAGAAGUAGUUAGACAACUAAGAUCUGAAGCAGAGGCUUGGAAAGCCGCCUAUCUUCAGUUAAUGCCACCCUUCGCUAGCACUCUAGCUAGAACGAUGUCCGACACAGUAAAUAAUAAUAAUAAUCCUGCCAAUGACACCUACGCAUUUCAGCCACGAGAAUUAUUCCCUAGUUCAAAUUUAUCAGCGGGAAAUUACUCCGUGCCGCCAGCACCUCGGUUUCCUCCUCCGAGUAUACCUCCCUUCUCUACAGUACAAAGCUCGACGCUCAGUGGGGCUGCGCGUUUACCGUACGCGCCGCUGCCGCUUGCCCCACCACUCGUACCGCCGAUGCCUCAGCAUAUACCAGCGACUCAUGUACAAUCACACACCACGUUGCCGUAUAUAACUCAAACUUAUACAGCACCACCGGUGCCAUAUUACGUACCAAGCACACACGUACAGUCACACACUACUGCACCACAUGUGACACACACCUAUACAGCACCGAUCGCUUCUUUUCAUGUGCCUGCGUCACAGACACAACAAUACACAUAUACUAUUCCAGGCAUAGUCCCAAGCGCUGCCCACUCGUACAUGUACCCGAGUACAGUUGCACCCUUACGGACUAAUGACAUUUGCCAAACUGCGAAAUCAUGA